AUGAGCGGGAUAAUAGAUAGAGGCGCUCGCUUGAUUUUUGACAAUGAUACCAGAGACUAUAAUCAUGCGACGGACUCUAAUUAUAAGAGACUUAGGGCUAAAGCAGACGCUCUUUACAAGAAGAGAAACCAACUAAGUCAACAAUCUCAAAAUGCAUUUAAAAGAGGAGAUAAGCAAAAGGCUCAUGAGUUGAGUGAAAAAAGUAAGGCUAUCUUACAAGAAGCUGAGGGCUAUAAUAGGCAAGCUGCCGAGUAUGUUUUUCGUGAAAAUAAUGCUGAUAGUGCUGAAGACGAGAUCGAUUUACAUGGUUUAUAUGUGAAAGAGGCUGAAUGGAUAUUACAGCAAAGAAUUGCAAAUGCUAUUAGAACCAAUCAGUCACAUUUGAAAGUUAUAGUUGGAAAGGGAUUGCACUCUUCGAACGGCAUCGCUAAAUUGAAACCUGCUAUAGAUCAAAUGUGUAACGAAGGUCAUUUGAGGCACUAUGUUGAUCAAAAAAACACUGGAGUUUUGGUGAUUGAUUUAACAAAUACCCAUGAAAGUCAAGUUCCGACACAGUGGAAUGCACCUAUUACACAGCCCCAGCAAGCAUACCAUGGAACUUCGCAGCCGCAAUACUACCAGCAGAACAACAAUUAUGGUCAACAGUAUCAGCAGCAAGGCUCUAAUAACAAUGACUUGAUGCGCUUGUUAAUGAGAGGUAUUUGCUUCUGCAUUCGAAGAAAUUUAUAG